CUGAAUCUCUCUGCAUUUCGCUCCGUCCCUUGCCAGCUCACCCUUGCUCGCUCUCCCCGCUCGCUCUUUCUUGUUUCUCCCGCCACCCCCACGCCGCACACACAACAGAGAUGGCGACCCAGUUCGACGCGAACAACGCGCAGAAUCUCGUCGAGAUCGAAAAACAAUUCGCGGUGAAGGCGGUCGAACACGCGCAGACGUACUGGAACCUGCUCGAAAAGGUGAACCCGCGCGACCUGAAGCUCACCAAAAUCGACGACGAGAUCUUCGAGCAUGCGACGACGGCGUUCCCCGAGCUCCUCGAGAACGACCACGCGAAGCUGAGCGUGAUCGACGAGGAGUGGAUGAAGAGCGAGUCGGGCAAGACCCGCUGGCGCGACUUCAUCCAGUCGUACGAGAAGAAGAUCAAGGACUACAACUUCGGGUCGCUCAUCCGCACGGACGCGCGCCAGGAGUACAGCGAGACGAACACGAUCUUCGUUACGCGAAUACAGUUCUACGUGUUCGAGAUCGCGCGGAACCGCCUCGGGCUGAACGACCGCGCGCACGAGAUCGCGAAGGAGGAGGCAAUAAAGGAGAAGGAGAAGGCCGAGAAGGAGAAGGCGCGCGCGGAGCGCGAGAAGGCGAAGAAGAGGAAGAACUAAGUAGGAUCUGCGCUAGCAGUGGCACGCAUGGUGGGGUUGGCGUGCGCCGCGCGCCCGGCGAGACGCCGGGGCACAUGUGUAUGUGUACAAGUAUCUCAGGGAAAACAGUGUGUAUUCCAC